AUGAUUAUACUUAGCAGCUUCACUUCGACCUCCCCAAGACUUGGAGAAUUGGUAUCGCACGACCUAGCCCUUGAUUAUUGCAAUUGCAGCUUCAUUGGCGAUCUUGCACGACAAAACAUUUUCUUAAAGAAUUCCAAGUCUUACUGUUGGUACGAGAAGGAUACGGAAGACGUAGCACCCACGGAUUACGUAGGUCCUCUCAGAGUCACUGCAUUCUCACGAGUCUCUUCUAUAGCAAUCUCUUGCCAACACGAUGGUUUAGGGGCAUGUAGUUUACUUAACAUGGGGAAGCCGGAGGAUGAGAAAGUGAAUCACUAG